AUGAUGGGGCAGCUGUGUAUGCAGUAGAAACGUUUAUCUGAAACAGACAGAUAACCCGCAUUUCCAUAUGUCCAGCUGUAGGCGAAGCUUCGUACAUAUUUCAGCUUCACCUGACUGGACCAACACGCCAGCGAUGGAGUCUAUUGAGUCUACUGGUCCUUCUGCCAAACAAUGCGACACGGAGAAUGGCGCACUGCUGCUGCGCACGGUCAGUCAUCAAGAGAUGGAAAUCCAUGAAGAUGUGGAAAAUAUUGAGUUCGAGCAGGAGUUGUCUGCUCCUGAUGGUGGAUGGGGAUGGUUGGUCGUCUUCGGCAGCCUGAUGAUUCAUAUUAUAUUAUUUGGGAUAGAAAAAUCUUCGGGGAUUCUUUUAAAGAAGUUUAAAGAAAAGUUCCACGAAUCGUCUUCAGCUACAGCCUGGGUGGCCACCCUACCAGCAGGUCUCCGACUCAUGUUUGCCCCGAUAUGCAGUAUGCUGAUCAACAAGUACCAGUUCCGCCCUGCUGUUAUAGCUGGGGCCGUGCUUAUGAGUGUGAGUUUGUUAUUGACGGCAUUCUCCACAAAUCUGACGUUGACGUUUGGCAGCUUUGCUAUAAUUGGAGGUAUUGGAGCGUGUCUGGUAUACACACCGUCCGUUGUCAUCGUUGGCCGGUAUUUCAACAUGAGGCGGGGUCUAGCCGUCGGCAUAGCAACCUCCAGUUUCGGAUCCUUUCUCUUUCCGACCUUGAUUGAAUUUUUGUUCGACUAUUUCGGAUUUGUUGGUGCUUUCCUAAUGUUAGCCGGAAUAGCGUUGAAUAUGAUGGUUUUUGGUAGUGUGUUUAGACCACUAAAACUGCUUGAACCACCCAAAAGUAAGACGAUUUGUUUGAACGACAAAGAAACCCUGUCGUCAUGUGUAGUAAAGGAAGAUAAAACAGGAGGACUUACACCCCCUUUGCUCCUUCGACGUCAUUCCUCCAGUAGUUACUUUUGUUCAAAAACAUGUACAAGCUUAUGUAAUUACAAAGGUAAUUUAAUAGGGAUUUUAGGAAAUUAUAGGUUCACAAGCUUCUGUAUUGCGAUUUUGAUGUUCUCUAUAGCCUUCCAUUCAGCCUAUGCUUUCAUACCGUUGUACGCGGUACACAUCGGUAUUGACGAUCGCCAGUCCACGUAUAUCAUUGCUGUUACCAUUCUUGCGGACGGCAUUGGCCGUAUUGGGAUAGGAGCAGUUCUAGAUAUAAGAUGUAUCAAACAAUAUAGAAUAAUGCUGUACAGCUUAACUUUGAUACUUGUCGGAGUGGUGUCUAUCACCAUACCUUCGGCCAGAACGUUAACUCAGCUCGGGAUUGUGUGUUCCUUGUACGGAAUUCUGAUGGGAGGAGUAAUCUCUCAAAAAUCUGUCAUCGUUGUCGACAUCCUUGGAGUAAAGAAGCUGGCAAAUGCCUUCGGGAUAUUAUCGUUUUUCCAAGGGAUUGGCGUUUUCAUUGGCCCGCCUGUUUCAGGAUUACUGCGGGACAUGAAGGGAGACUACUCUGAUGGGUUUUAUUUCGGAGGAGGUGCUACCGUCACAGGAGCGUUUAUAUUUACUAUAGCUAAUAUAAUACAUAUACUUAAAACAAAGCAUUUCAACUCAACCUGAACUGAAUGGUUUUCAUUUAACGAUACAUGUACAUUAAAUGUAUACUCAUACGUGGUUAACUCCUGGCGGUAAAACAAGCUAGAUAUAUUUUGGGUACCGUUAUAAAAUCUUGCAGACAACAUGUAAUAGGAAGAUUCGAUUUAAAGUGAUGCUUUUAUCGGAUUAUAAUGCUAAAUUCAUUCCUUAUAUUUUUUUUGAAUGAUCAAAAAUUGAAAAAUAAAAUGG